ACUUUGAAUUUUCGUAACAGUAUCUAUCUUCUUCAACGUCGUGGACCACGUCGAAAAAGGGCCAUUAAUCCAAAAACAUGUUGUCUCUUCUCUCUCUCUGCAUCACUUGUUUGCUCUUAUUAUUUGCAGAAAAAUAAAAUAAGAGAGAGAGAGAGAGAGAGUCCAACUUCUCCUUUUCACACUCCAGUCCACCACGCUUCCUUCUCUUUCAUCUCACUCCAAUCUCAUUUUCAUUUUCAUUUUCAUUUUCACCUAUAGCUAUAGUAUCUUUUACUAUUUUAUCCUUUUAUUCAUUCACAAAAACACGUAUUACUUUUCAACUUCACUUCAAAUCAAUUCGUUCGUUUUCCUUCAAAAUUCUACCCAUUUUCAAAUUAAUUUCUCCUCCAUUGGAUCAAUUCAAUUCAAUUAGGGUUUCAUCCAUCCAACUCAAGAUCUACCUAACUCAAUUACUACUACCGGUUUGGAUCCGAUCGGAGCUACAAACAGCGCCAUCAAAUGGCGCUGUUCAGAAGAUUUUUCUACCGAAAGCCGCCGGAUCGGCUUUUGGAGAUCUCAGAAAGAGUUUAUGUUUUUGAUUGUUGCUUCUCCCCGGAAGUCUUGGAAGAAGAUGAAUACAGAGUUUAUAUGGGGGGAGUGGUGGCUCAGCUACAGGAUCACUUUCCGGAUGCUUCUUUCAUGGUGUUCAACUUCAGAGAAGGGGAGAGACGCACCCAAGUCUCGGACAUACUUUCUCAGUAUGACAUGACAGUUAUGGAGUAUCCUCGGCAAUAUGAAGGUUGUCCUCUUUUGCCUCUAGAGAUGAUCCAUCACUUUCUUCGAUCAAGUGAAAGCUGGCUGUCUUUGGAGGGGCAACAGAAUGUGCUUUUGAUGCACUGCGAAAGAGGAGGUUGGCCUGUGCUGGCAUUCAUGCUCGCAGGUCUUCUGUUAUACCGGAAACAGUACACCGGAGAGCAGAAGACUCUUGAAAUGGUCUACAAGCAAGCUCCUAGAGAACUACUCCACCUGUUAACUCCUUUCAACCCACAGCCUUCUCAGUUCAGAUAUCUUCAGUAUAUUUCAAGGAGACAUUUGGGUUCUGAGUGGCCACCAUCGGAAACACCCUUGUAUCUGGAUUGUCUGAUUCUUAGAGACCUUCCAUUAUUUGAUGGUGGAAAAGGUUGCAGGCCUGUUGUGCGUGUUUAUGGCCCGGACCCUUCAAAACCUGCCAAUAGAAGUUCAAAGCUUCUUUUUUCAACCUCAAACUCCAAAAAGCAUGCUCGACACUAUCAACAGGCAGAGUGUAUGCUCGUGAAGAUUGAUAUCCAUUUUCGUGUGCAAGGAGAUGUAGUUCUCGAGUGCAUAAAUUUAAAUGAAGAUUUUACUGGUGAGGAGACGAUGUUUAGAAUUAUGUUCCAUACUGCAUUUGUGCGGUCAAAUAUAUUGAUGUUGAACCGUGAUGAAAUUGAUAUUUUGUGGGAUGCAAAGGAUCAAUAUCCCAAGGACUUCAAAGCAGAGGUGCUUUUUUUGGACGCUGAUGCUGUUAUACCUGAUGUGAACACAGUCAUGGUGAGUGAAGAUGCAAAUGAGAUAGAAAAUGCUUCACCUGAGGAAUUCUAUGAAGUGGAAGAGAUUUUCAGCAAUGCAAUUGAUGCACAGGAAAGUAAGGCAGAUGAUGAUUCUCAAACCUUUCAUGACAAUGCAGUGGGUGGUGAAAAUCAUAAAGGGAUCUUGAGGGAGGAUUCAGAUCCUCAUGCUUUUCAGGAUUGCACGCAAGAUUAUGGGAUUCUCAAACAGGUUGGAAAGAUGGAUUCCGGUAUUAAUGCUGUGAAAGAUAUAUCCGUUGAUGAUGUUAACUACAAGUUCAAUAAGAGCAUGGAUUCAGAUCCUCAAGCAGUGAAGGACAUUGCCAUGGAUGAUGGAGAAAUUAAGUCAACUUCCACUGCCAUCACUUAUGAUAUGACGAUACCUCUGGAAACAAAGGAAAUCCUUGAGGACGCUGAUCGGGUAUCAGAAAUUAUGGAGAACAGAUUUGAUGAAGAUAACGAAGCAACGGAAAAGGAAUUAGAUUACAAGGAAGGGCAGCCUAUGCCUGAUAGUUCCAAACAAAAAUCUGGUAAACUACUUCCAUCUACUGCUAAGAAACAAUUUCCAUCAAACUCAAAGCCAGGAGAUACUGUUGGAAAACAAAAGAUUAAAGAAACCGCUGCUUUUCAGGCAAAACAAGCUAAACCAACUGCAGUGACUAGGUGGAUUCCUUCUAACAAGGGUUCUUACACAAAUUCGAUGCAUGUAUAUUAUCCACCAUCAAGGAUUAAUAGUGCACCAGCUGGACUGUCAAAUUUAACCACUUCAAAGGAGAAAAUGGAAGAUAACAAAGCAAAAUCUUCAUCUGCUCCUUUUGGCUCUGCAGCAGUUGUUUCUGCUGACAUGAAAAAUGACCUGAAAUGUCGGAAGGUGGCCACUUCAAAAUCGUUUGGCCACACAGUAUCAGAAAUUGAUGCAAAAUGUCCACCAUCACCACCAUCAAAAGAGACAUCUCUUAAUUCAGCUACUCGGGCAGAAGAACAGAGCUCAGAGCAAUUGCUACAGCCUCCCCCACGGCCUCCUCCUCCUCCCCCUCCUCCACCACCCCCUCCGCCACCACCCUUAACAUCAUUUAGUAGACAAGACAUUAGGGUGAAUUUACAGCCUGAAACUUCUCCGUCACUUCCACCUCCGCCACCACCUCCACCCUCCUGGAAGUUUGUGGCUUCAUCAAUAGUUGGAGAGACCCGUGGUUCCUUACCACUCUUGCCACCCACUCUUCCCUUUGCUAGCAGUGAAAUUACAUCAAAAUUUUCUGAAGUAUCUACAACUGUGACCCUGUCAAGGCCUCCCCCUCCUCCACCACCACCUCCACCUCCACCAAUCCCCCCUCCAAGGUACGAAGUAUCAACCAUUCCUCCUCCACCACCACCACCAACAGUACCUCCUACAAAGCGUGGAAUUUCAUCAAUUCCUCCUCCUCCUCCUCCUCCCCCCUCAUUUCCUAUGUCUUCAUCAAACAUUUCUUCAUUCUCGCCACCUCCAAUUGCAUCUCAUAAAGCUCCAGCCCCACCGCCACCCCCACCUCCGCCACCUUUUGCUAAUUCAUAUAUAGGUUCACCACCUCCACCUCCUUUUAAUAAUGCUCCACCAGCAACACUUCCUCCUCCACCACCACCACCACCACUUCCUCCUUUUACUAGUGCUCCACCAGUACCACCCCCACCUCCUCCACCCCCUUUCAGUGCAUCUCAGUCUACACCCCCUCCUUUUAGUAGAGCUCCCCCACCUCCACCUCCACCUCCUCCAAUGUCUAGAGCCCCUCCGCCUCCACCUCCUCCUCCUCCAAUGUCUGGAGCCCCUCCACCUCCUCCUCCUCCAAUGUCUAGAGCCCCUCCGCCUCCACCUCCUCCUCCGAUGUCUAGAGCCCCUCCACCUCCUCCGGUGUUUGGAGCCCCUCCACCUCCACCUCCUCCUCCGAUGUCUAGAGCCCCUCCACCUCCUCCAGUGUCUGGAGCCCCUCCACCUCCACCUCCUCCAAUGUCUAGAGCCCCUCCACCUCCACCUCCUCCGAUGUCUAGAGCCCCUCCACCACCUCCUCCAAUGCACGGAGCACCACCACCACCACCACCUCCUGGUGGUGGUGGUCGAGGUCCUCCUCCUCCCCCACCUCCUGGUGGUCGAGGCCCACCUCCUCCCCCUCCUCCUGGUGGUCGAGGCCCACCUCCUCCACCUCUUCCUGGUGGUGGACCUCCACCACCACCCCCCUUAGGUUCCAAAGGUGCCAGUGUUGGACCUGCACGCCCUGGUCCAGUGGCACCAGGUCGUGGUGGAUAUGCACGCCCUGGUGCAGUGGCACCCCGACGAUCCUCCUUAAAGCCUUUGCAUUGGAGUAAGGUUACAAGGGCAUUGCAAGGAAGUUUAUGGGAAGAAUUACAAAGACACGGAGAACUGCAAAUUGCACCAGAGUUUGAUGUUUCAGAGCUAGAAAAACUUUUCUCUGCAAAUGUUCCAAAACCUACUGAUUCAAGUGGCAAACCUGGAGGGAGGCGCAAGUCUACAGGAUCUAAACCUGAAAAAGUUCACUUGGUUGACCUAAGGAGGGCCAAUAAUACGGAAAUCAUGCUAACUAAGGUUAAGAUGCCACUCCCUGAUAUGAUGGCUGCAGUACUGGCUUUGGAUGACUCGGUAUUAGAUGUUGAUCAGGUGGAAAAUCUCAUUAAGUUUUGUCCCACCAAAGAGGAAAUGGAACUUUUGAAGGCAUACACUGGCGACAAGGAGAUUUUGGGGAAGUGUGAACAGUUUUUUUUGGAGCUGAUGAAGGUGCCAAGGGUGGAGUCAAAAUUAAGAGUAUUCGCUUUCAAAAUUCAGUUUCAGUCUCAGGUUACAGAAUUUAGGAAGAGUUUAAACACUGUGAACUCUGCCUGUGAAGAGGUCCGAAAAUCUUACAAACUAAAGGACAUCAUGAAGAAAAUACUUUUUUUGGGUAAUACAUUGAACCAGGGAACAGCAAGAGGAUCUGCAGUUGGAUUUAAGUUGGAUAGUCUUUUAAAGCUCACCGACACUCGUGCUUCUAACAAUAAGAUGACACUGAUGCAUUAUCUUUGCAAGGUGCUAGCUGAAAGGUCGCCCGGACUCCUUGAUUUUCACAAAGACCUUGUUAGUCUGGAAGGUGCCACUAAGAUACAAUUGAAAUCAUUAGCAGAAGAGAUGCAGGCAAUCACCAAGGGAUUAGAAAAGGUUAAACAGGAGCUUGCUGGAUCGGAAAAUGAUGGACCUGUGUCCGAAGUUUUCUGUAAGACGUUGAAAGGAUUCAUUAUGGUAGCUGAAUCAGAUGUGGCAGAUCUAAUAACACUAUAUUCUACGGUGGGUAAAAAUGCAGAUGCACUUGCACAGUAUUUUGGCGAGGAUCCAGCUCGAUGCCCAUGUGAGCAAGUUACUGCAACUCUAUUAAAUUUUAUAAGGUUGUUCCGGAAAGCACAUGAAGAGAAUUGCAAACAAGCAGAAUUAGAGAAGAAGAAAGCUGAGAAAGAGGCUGAAAUGGAGAAGGCUAAGGGCGUUAACUUAACAAAGAAGAGUGCAAAAGAUAGUUGAACUGGGUUUUCUUCUCCUCUGCACCAACAGCCUACUCUUACCGAAGAGCAGGAAGCUACCCAUGCAGGGGGAAUGCUUCUGAGGCCAGUUAUGCCUUACAAAACUUCUCCAUCUGCGAUGAUGAUGUGAAAAUGAGCCUUUCGAGCUUAUCUAUUGAAGGUGGAAUAUCAAAUGCAUGCCACCUGGGGACGUUUGAACACACAAGAAGUUAAGAGUUGAUUUUUUGAUGCUGUUGAAUCAGAUAUAUUCGGCCCAUUAAUCCUUUUUGUCAGAAGACUAGUAUUGAGUUUACUCCAAAUGGGUCUUUGGAAUGAUGGAUCGUUCCCGUCGUGGUGGAUGCUUAUCAUGGAACGUAAGUGCCGUUUUGCCAGAACUGAUGCUUACUGUGAUUGCUCAAGAUGCCAUCUGCAUCCUCCGAUGAAUGCUAUUAAAUGGUGGACCCAACCCAUCUCAUGAUGGUUCAAGAAGAAAAUUUUGUUGUGGAGCAUGCUUUCUGUUCCUGUAGAGCUGGCAUUGGAUUGCAUCAUUCAUUUGCCUUAUUUUGUCCAACACUAGAGCAGAAGCUUUCUGGAUUUGCAAAGCCCUGCAAUGUAGUACCAUGAAACCCUUGUACAAAUCACUAACCCUCUCCUUUAGGAUCCAAUUCUUUCUCAUUAACAUAGAAAUUAGUUUUCCUUUUUAAGGGAGAUUUUGGUAGAUACCAUCCAGAAAUUGUUGUAUAGAUGCGAGGUUAAGAGAAAAUAGAAAUCAAGUCAAUGUAUUUGUAACUGUAAUAUAUAUAUAAGUGAAGAGAAGGUCUGAUUAGAAACGCAGUGCAAGUUUCAUUUUUCAUGUGAAAUAGCAUUGUCAAGUGUAAAAUGUUAUUGUAACAUUCUGUUGUACAAAAAGAAAUUCUUAAUUUGCUUGUUUUCUUUA